CUUCUUGCCUGGGCCGGAGCUUCACCCCAGUGACCGAUUUUCAGCAGCUAUUUCAAGCUGUCGUCGACCUCGGUUACCCCCCUCAAUCGUCCGACCCAGCAUCCCGAAGCCACUCCACUGCCCUCUACCCGUCCGGAUAUCUCGAGUCAAAAACAACCACACCACACAUAGCUCGAUCGACACACGAGUGACACCAUGUCGGGCCUGUUCGGCAGCGCGUCCUCUUCUUCGUCGAGCAACACUGUUGGCGAUCUGAAGCAGGACAUUGCGCUUAGCAACCCCCCGGAAGACAGCAUCUCCGAUCUUGCCUUCUCCCCCGCUCAGAACCAGGCCAGCGACUUCUUGGCAGUGGCCAGUUGGGACAAGAAGGUCAGGAUAUACGAGAUUGCACAGAACGGCCAGAGCGAGGGACGACACGCCUACGAACACGAUGGACCCGUGUUGAACUGCGACUUCUCCAAGGAUGGCACAAAGGUCCUCUCCGGCGGCGCCGACAAGGCCGUCAAGGCGUGUGACCUCGCGUCUCAGCAAACGAUCAAGAUCGGCGAACACGAGCAGCCGGUCAAGUGCGUCCGCUUCUUCGACUCGGCCAACGGCACCAUGGCUGUGUCGGGCUCCUGGGACAAGACGGUCAAGUACUGGGACAUGCGGUCGCCCACACCGGCGGCGACGCUGACAUGCCAGGAGCGCGUGUACUCGAUUGACGUGCGCAACGACCUACUCGUCAUCGGCACAGCCGACCGAUACAUCAAUGUUGUCGACCUCAAGAACCCCACAAAGUUCUACAAGACGCUUCAGAGCCCGCUCAAGUGGCAGACCAGGGUCGUUAGCUGCUUCACCGACGGCGCCGGUUUUGCUAUUGGCAGUAUCGAGGGCCGCUGUGCGAUCCAGUAUGUUGAGGAUAAGGAUGCUAGCUCCAACUUUUCCUUCAAGUGCCACCGUGAUCCCCCGGCGAACAAUGUCACAAACGUCUACGCUGUCAACGACAUCUCCUUCCACCCCGUGCACGGUACCUUCAGCACUGCCGGCUCGGACGGCACCUUCCAUUUCUGGGACAAGGACGCGAAGCACCGCCUGAAGGGAUACCCGAACGUCGGUGGUAGCAUCACGGCGACGACCUUCAACAAGAACGGAUCCAUCUUUGCGUACGGCAUCAGCUACGACUGGAGCAAGGGUUUCCAGCACAACACUCAGCAGUACCCCAUCAAGGUAAUGCUGCACCCCGUACAGGCGGACGAGUGCAAGCCUCGCCCGACGAUGAAGAAGCGGUGAAUGAGGCGCGGGGGAGAGGUCGCGCGGAGACAGUAUUUGGAAAUCCGGAUCAGGCUACGGCGCAUGCGUACCGAGAGGCUAGAUGCGAAGCGAUCGAGGCAGACAGCCGCGCCGGGAUGCCUGUGUAAUGUACGAGGGAGGAGUGCAAGAAGAAUUGGGAGAGGCUCUCUGGUCUGAGCAAACAAGCAAUUUUAUAUGGAAUCGCGGUAUCAUGCUCGCGGAAAACAAGGAGUGUAAGGCACAGGGCGAUACCAAAUUGGCAAAUCAAAAGUUAUCACAAUCAUGCACCUUGCACAGGUUCACGGUGUUGGUCAUGGAAGCGAGGUGUGUUUGGUUAAUCGGAUCUGCUUGUUCAAGAUCCAAGUCGAGCCGUAGAAUUCAUAAAGCUUCCCGUGCCCAGUUUCGCCUCUCUCCCCUCAUGGGAGAGAUCCGUCCGAUCCGACUCGAUUCCGCCCAUCAGGAUAGUAAAUUAAAACCAUAUAGAAAAUAUCCCAAAGAAAUACCCGUUGCAACUGCUCUCCUAGUCAUCGAGUUCAACGGAGCCAAGUAACAUCCAACCGCUUUGCUUUGUAGUUUCACAUCAUGAUAAUCAUCACCUUUCUCUCUCUCUCUCCCGUUUC